AUGGCGAAAGCGGUGAUAUGGUUACUAAUCCAGUUCCUCUACAUUGGAAGCAUAUCACCACAAAGGUUGCAAGUCAAAUACACAAACAGUUCAGGAAUAUGCAAAGGGGAUCUCUUCAAGAGUGUUGCAGAUCUGAAGAAUUUAGAAGGAUGCGUAGUCGUCGUGGGCAGCGUGGAGAUCUUCAUAGAGAAAUCGAAGGCAGAUAGUUUUACUAAUAUGACGUUUUGGGAUCUUAGAGAGAUCACUGAAUACCUGCUUAUUUACCGGGUAAGAGGUUUGGAGUCCGUCGGCCAACUGUUUCCGAACCUAGCCAGAAUAAGAGGAGUGAGGUUACUGAAUAACUUCGCUCUAAUUGUCUACGAUAAUUCCAAUCUUACAGAGAUUGGACUCUUCAGUUUAAUAAAAAUUGACCGAGGAGGGGUAACGAUGUGGGCGUUGCCACAGGCGUGCUUCGUUGACACCAUCGACUGGAAAGUGCUAGCCCCAAGGGCUCGGCAUGUGAUCAGUCCUCCCUUAAUAGAUAUCCCUAUGAGGAAGAUCCAGUGUAGCGUCCCUUGUUCGUGCUCAAGUAAUACUGCUACAAAUCGGUGUUGGAACAAUAGACGAUGUCAGAUAUUCCUAGAUGGACCAGAUGCUGAUAAAUGCAAUGAUCAGUGUCUUGGAUGCCGUAAAACAAACAAGGAUGCUUGCUUUGUGUGUCGCAAUUUUACGUAUAAAGGAAAAUGUUUGGCAGAGUGUCCGCCUCAUACAAUCCUUCUUCCUGACAACCAGUAUUGCAUCACCGUAGAGGAAUGUUUUGAGCUAGAUCGAUGGGUGUUCAACAACACCUGUGUCUCCGAGUGUCCUAUGGACUAUAGAAUUAAAAAUGGUACCCGAAAUAGACCCACCAUAUGUGAACCGUGUACUCAUUGUGAAAUUACUUGUGGUAACCUAAAAAUCCAGUCUCUAAGUUCAAUCCAAAGUGCAGAGAAAUGUGUUUACGUCAAUGGAUACUUGGAAAUACACGUAAGAGCAAUUCCUGGAGUACUCGGAGACUUGAGAAUGUAUCUCGGUCAAAUCCAAGAAGUAUCUCAAUUUGUAUCUAUUGAAGGAUCUGAUAUAACAACACUUGACUUCCUAUCAUCAUUACGGAAAAUUAAAGGUCAACACUUAAAAGAUGACAAAUACAGUAUUGAUAUCCAUCGUAACAAUAAUCUUCAAACAUUAUUCACUGCAUCUGUAACUAAAAAUCUAACGAUCGAAGCUGGAACAGCAAGAUUUGAUCACAACCCCGUACUAUGUAUGUCCAAAAUAGAUGAAUUAAAAACCCGACUGCCAGUAGCACCUAGUGCCAUAGAUAUUCCAGAAGGUUCUAAUGGAUAUCGAGGAGCAUGUGAAGAAGUUACUUUUGAGUUCGAAAUAACACUAUCAGGAGAAUCUUCUGCCUUAAUCCAGUUUUCGCCAAUCCUUGAUCACAGUACGCAUUAUACUGCGCUGUAUGUUCGUCUACCGCCUGGAGUCUACACUACGGUGGUCCCUGAAACUUGUAGCGAGUUUGAAUGGCAUGCUAUCGACAUUCCUACAAUUUUUGAUAAAAAUUAUGGUGUUGUGGAAAUCAAUGAUUUACAUGCUGCAUCAUCUUACGCACUCUGUAUCGAAAUAUAUGAUCCUGAGAAGAAACGUUUGGUCAGAAGUAAUAUCUUCAACUUUACAACGCCUGUUGGAAUCCCAGAGCCACCGUUCAUCGUGGAGUUAGUUGCAUCUGCAUCCGACGUCGUUGUGUUAAGAUGGGUCGACCACAAAGAUUAUGUUCUUCACAUUGAUUACUAUGAGCUAGAUGUAACCUUGAUCGAUAAUUAUUCCAGGACUUCAAUGGUAGUAGACUAUUGUCGAUAUAAAGAGGAUUUAUUUGACGCUGACUAUACUCGGCAUGCGUUAGUCCGGAGACCACCUCCAGAAUACGCACGAGGCUGUGAAUCUAUGUGUGGCAUUUUAUCGUCUGUCACUCCUGGUGCAAUGGUAGAGGAGUACUUUGAUGUUUGUGAUGAUUCUAAUUUCGAUUGUAAUAAUCAAGAAAGCAUAAUAUCAAGUAAUUCAAGUUUUGGCAACUAUGUACGCACAUUAGUAUUGUUAAAUAUAAGCAGCCCCAGAAACGACUUUCAAGUUGGUGGGUUGGCACCCUUUAGUGAUUAUAAGUUUAGGUUAAGAGCUUGCUCCGGUGGUCAUUGCAGUAGAUCAGCAAGAGGUGUUGUCAGAACAUUCAGUUUAAAAAAUGCUGACAUACCCUCUAUCACCUACCUGCAUGCGAACCAAUUUGGUCAUAUUUUUGUGAGGUGGAAUCCACCGAAUGUCACAAAUGGACCAAUAUUAUCUUACUCAGUAGAAGUAUUACCUAGAAUUAAUAUAAAUGACCUAAUGCCCCAAGUUUGGUGCGUGGCGGCUGAGGAAACAAGGAUCUUCGUUCAAUCUGUGAUAGUCUCCAAAUAUUUAGUUAGGGUGUGUGUUAGAACACUCGCUUCCAGUAAUUCUUGUAGUGAUUGGAUAAAAAUUACCAGUGUUACCGAAUCGAAGACGAUUCUACUAUGGAUCGGUGUGACUUGUGGGAUUUUGAUAUACAUCGCGUCGUUUAUAGUGGGAUGGCUCAAGAGAAGAUUGAGGCAUCGCAGCGAUGUGGUGCCAUUAGUCGAUAGUUCAUCUUCGUUACGUGUCGAGAGCGAGCCGCCGGCCAUGCUGCUAUCAGAUUUCGUGCCAUUUCAUACGAUACCUUUAGAUUAA